AUGAAUCGCUUGCCUCUUCGAGUACGCCAGCUUUCGGAAUGUUUUCGGGAUAAAUCGUUAGAUCCGUGCUCGGUGGCCGAUCAAUCCAUAGCUGCGAUUGAUCGCCUUAAACCUCUAAAUGCAUUCAUUCGCGUAGCAUCGGCCAAAGCGCGACAGCAGGCGGAACAAUCGCAAGAACGUUAUCGCAAUGCUACACCGAAAGGUGUCCUCGAUGGGGUAACCAUUGCAGUGAAGGAUAACUUCUGCACCAAAGAACUGCACACGACUUGUGCCUCUCGAAUGUUGGAAAAUUUCAUCCCCACGUACAAUGCAACGGUGGUGGAGAGGCUGGAACAAUCUGGAGCCGUUUUGAUGGGCAAAACCAACCUGGAUCAGUUCGGUAUGGGAUCCGGCUGCGUGGACUCCAUUUUCGGCCCUACGCGUAACAGCUGGAGUGAAGACCUAACCGAUGACCGGUUUCGUAUCGCCGGUGGGAGUUCUGGCGGUUCAGCCGUUGCCGUUGCAGCUGGUUUGUGUUACGCGGCUCUCGGUUCAGACACCGGUGGAUCAACGAGAAACCCGGCUUCGUACUGUGGAGUCGUUGGCUUGAAACCAACAUACGGAUUAGUUUCACGCUAUGGCUUAAUCCCGUUAGUAAACUCGAUGGACGUACCGGGAAUCAUGACCCGGACGACUGAAGAUUGCGCGGUGGUUCUAAAUGCCAUAGCCGGACCCGAUGACAAAGAUUCGACAACCGUUAAAAAGCGUUUUCUCCCUAUAGAACUAGGAGACGGGUUAGCUUCGCUGAAAGGAAUACGCGUAGGAAUUCCGCAAGAGUAUCACUGCGUUGGACUGGACAAAGAGGUACUGGAAACAUGGACCAUCGUAGCGGACAUGAUGCAGGCGGCCGGAGCCACGGUUUCUUCCGUCUCAUUACCAAACACGGCAUCAUCUAUUUUCGUCUAUUCCAUUCUCAAUCAGUGCGAAGUGAGCAGCAACAUGGCCCGCUACGACGGCAUUGAGUAUGGCCACCGUUCCAAAGAGGACGCAAGUACCGAGCAAUUGUACGCCAAAACGAGGGCCGAAGGUUUUAAUGACGUUGUUAAGAAUCGAAUCCUCGCCGGAAACUUCUUCCUGCUUCGUCGCAACUAUGAAAAGUAUUUUCAGAAAGCACUUAAAGUGCGGAGACUUAUAUCGGACGACUUUGUGCGUGUGUUCCGGGAGGUGGACGUUCUGCUAGCGCCGACCACGUUGA